AUGUUUUUUGAUGAGCUGGAUUCGAUAGCCAAAGCUCGUGGAGGCAGUUCGGGCGAUGCAGGCGGUGCUGGAGACCAAGUGUUGAAUCAGAUUCUGACGGAGAUGGACGGGAUGAAUGCGAAGAAGAACGUGUUUGUGAUUGGUGCUACGAACCGACCUGACCAGAUUGAUCCGGCGCUCCUCCGACCGGGACAAUUGGACCAGCUGAUCUAUAUCCCCCUACCGGAUGAGACCUCUCGAGAAUCGAUCCUGAAAGCCGCGCUGAAGAAGUCACCCCUGUCGCUGUCAAUCAACCUGAGAUUCCUUGCCCAAUCCACGCAUGGCUCGUUCAAGUUCCCCGAGGUUGAAGGGGGGGCUGGUGGAGGUGGAGGCAGUGGAGGGGCUGCGCAAUUCGGGCAGGAUAACAAAGAGCCACAGGACAACAUGCACGCGUGGAUUCAUCGAUGGCUCGUCACCCUGCUCGUCGAAAUCACCCUUCUUACGUUGGUCACCAAUGCGAUUCCACUUGGAAACGUAGCUACGAGCUAUCCUCAACCCCCGCGCUACCGCGAUCAAUUCGGAAACGUACCCACGAGCUACCCUCAACCCCCCGGCUAUCGAGAUCAGUUCGGAAACGUACCUACGAGCUAUCCUCAACCCCCGGGCUACCAUGAUCAGUUUGGAAACGUGCCUACGAGCUAUCCUAAACCCCCGCGCUAUCGCGGUCAGUUUGGGACUGAUUCCGGUCCAAAUGAUUUGCGUCCUGUCAACAACAAACAAGAAUAUAGCCAGGAAGAACUUGAUGAGGUGCUCAAUAAGGUCAAGGCGAUCAAGAAUAAGAAAAAACUCGCCCGGAUCGGCAAAAGGGUGAACAAGAUCAACAAGCCCAAAUCAUGGCUUGGCAAAUUGUUCGAGCGUAUCCUCAACUUCCUCCGACGCAAAAGAAGAACCCCUCCUGCCGUCGGCGUUUUGGAGCAGACAAAGGCAGUCGGCCAGGCAAGCGUGGCUCCGGUCGUCACUGGAAUCUCUCUAGGAAUCUUGUCCGCCUGGGUGCUAUGCGCGUCCGCAAGAAUUGCCGAUGUUUUUCGCAUAAUCCCAUAG